UGAAGGGGAGAUACUGGUCCCUUUUAUCUCUAGAGCACCAUCACGGCAGACGAUGUUCCUUGGGUAAGUAGUUUCCAGCAUCCCGCCAUGGGAAGACUUGGUGGUGCGUCAACGUUGCCAACGCUUGUCCCGUGGAACGAGUUAUCCCCGUCGGUAUUAUUUGGGUUUGGGCAGUUUGGACAGAGAGGCCGCAGUACCUGGAAAGUUACGAGCUGCAGUGUUCGCGAUCUCUGGGCUUCGGUAAGGGGGAGAGAACGAUUUCCACUGCGUGCAGGUGUCAAUAUGGCUUGAAUAGGCUUAGGAACCUUUUUCCUGGAUCCCGCUAUGCUGCCCUGCUGGUCGCCUCGUCCGCACCGUAUGCAUGGAGGAGGGUCACUUUUCCGCCUAGAUGGUUACUCACUGGGAUCACUGAAGACCAGGAUCAGAGAGAAACAGUGCCAGCUGGUUAAUUGAUCGACGGCUCCAAGGCGCCGCUCACAGGCUUUCAGGCAUGCUACCACACACCGGGCAAGACUAAUUGCUUAAUCUAUCCAUCUCCGUUUCAGCAAGUGUUCGAGCAGAAGAAACAAACACUGCUGACCGUGUUGAUUAGCAGAGUAUAGCCACAGCUUCUUCUUUUCUCUUCGUCUGAUUGUUCCGCUUGCGGCCGUUUACUAGGUUUAUACGGCCAUAAGGGGCCAUGUUUCCUGCAUCUAAAGGAUUGCUAAUGAUUCCGAUUAAUCAAUUAUGCAACCAAGGACUUGGCUUGGCCUGUAUCUUGCAGGGUUAUUGGGUUGGUGCUCUCUGCAAGCAAAGAUGGCAAGGAUGCAUCACUGCAUGAGCAUCUUCGGAAACAAUUGGGCGCAUGCAUGGCCGGCUAACUAGGCGAGUAAUGAUAUUGCAUGCAAUCAAGAUAAUCCGGGUGUGGCAUUCGCCCGAACAAGACAGGAUGGUGGCUAGGGGCAUGCAGCAGUGCCCGUGAGGGUCUGCCAGGCAGCAAGAGUAUCACCCUAAGGACCGACCUGUCAACGACUGACUGAUGAUCGAUAGCGUGGCGAAGAUAAUACAUGCAUACAAUAUCACCCCUUACAUUAAGGAACCAGCUAACUGGCACCUAUCAGGCCGCAAGCCGCAAUAAGGGUGCGGAGGAAUCCGACUCAGGCAAGAACAAGGAAAAUGGAGAAUUCUUCCUUGGAGGUACACGGUUUCUCCUAGUAACUAUUCAUCUAGGCACCUGGCUAUCAGUUUAACUAUCUGGAAACCAUCGAGGCAGACAAAAAACAGGCAGUCAAGGACAGCACAUUCACUGGAUCAUCAGACACACUGUCUCAAAGGCCCUCCGUGUAUUCAGCUGUGUCUUUCGCUGGCAGGAUACUCAUUUUCCAUGCUCAAAUCGCAUCAUGUCACAUCUAACUACGGAGAACAGGUGUUUUCUCAUUUGCAAGGUACAUCAGGCAGCGCUUUUUUUGCUGCAGACCCAAGCCGUGUUUCAUUUGACAGGGACACAAGCUGCCAACCGGCGUGCUGUUACAGCCUUCCAGAUGCAUUCUGAUGUCAUACGGAUACGGCUCACAACGCCCAAUCUUGCCAAGGGGUAGGGUUGUUGAUGCCCGCCAUUCAGGGGAGCGAGAAACAGCCACUUCUGCUGGAGCAUCGACAGUCCCCGCGAGCCCUUCGUAUUGCGGCGAGGAGGCUGAAAAAAACAAAGUGAUGGCCACUUUUUUUUAUCUUGGUUGCCUUGACAUGGACCGUGGAGCCGUUGUCGGGCCAUCCCGCAGUUACUUAAGAGCGUUGCGGGCGAGAGCUGAGAUAUCAAAUUAAAACAACCAACCAGCUAACCAACCAACCUUCGAAACGGCCCUCCUUGUCCCAUCGUCAGCUACGGACAGGACGGGUGAGCUGUUCGUUGCUGUUAAUCCGUUUCACCAACGCAUUAGUUACGAGAGUCAGGCGAGCUGCCACUGCUGAGCUCCUGGAGGGCAGUACCGCUGGGCUAACUGCUGCAUUUGACCAUUGUCUUUCGUUUACUGCCUGCUACCAGGAAGAAGCCCCUAUUGAUACCCUGAGUGAAUGGCCAUGGAGCCGCAGGACCAACCGUACCAGCAGAGCCUUGCUCAGUCACAGGCGGGCGGCGGUGGGGUAUCUGUCCGCAGCAGGUCGUCCAGCGUCGUCUCGACCAGGACGGGAGUGACCAUCACCACCCUACAGGAAGACACAAGGAGCAUUCGCAGCAUGGAGCUCGUCGUGGGAGGCCGCAUCUUCAGGAUCAACCGGGACGGCUCCAGGAUAACGGAGCAUCCAGGCCUGCCGCCAUACACUGCUGCGCCCCCGGAGUACUCCAGCCUGGACACGAACCUGGCUACAGGGAGCAACAACGAGCUGCCGGCCCCUAAUAUCCCGGACUACCAAACCAUAGCAUGGCCGCUCAACGAGCGUGACUACCACCCUUUGAUGAGGCAGCGUGUUCCAUCCGUCAGCCUGACACAGGAUAGGUCUGAAGAGCAUGCUGGUGCUGGCACUGACGCUCCCGCACCACAGGACAACGAUCUACUUACGGCCGAGCUGCCGGGUACGCCAGUCGAGCGUGAGAGGAGAGGGUCAGCAUCGGGAUCGAGUUCAGGACUUGUUUCUCGAGCUCACUCGUUCGUCCCGGGGCCUGAGAAGAUCACCGUGGUAGCGAAACGACGCUCGGUAUCAGAAAGCAAUAUCCAAGCCAACCUCCGUCCAAACGCCCAUCACACCAAUGCCAACAACACCAACCAUAACAUCCACAGACACAACCACAACUUCCUACGACGCCGGAAUGGAAUCCGUCUCCCCCAGCUGGACACAGGCAUGUCCUUUGAGUCUCUACGCAACGCCUUCUCCAUCAACCCAGCCCCUGCAUCCAGCCCUCGCAUGACCCAUUCUGCUGGCCCCAGCAUAGGAAGAUCCAGCGACAUCUUCCACCCUUCUCCGACCUACAACAGCAAUAUUAACAGCAACACUACUAGUACGGCCGACCACUGGCAGUCCCAUUCCACCGUCUCCCGCGGCCGCUCACCUCCCACCACACCCCGAGCAACCCGCAGCCCCAUGCUGGCCGUCCCCCAGGGCCCUCCCACCGUCGAAGAAGGCUAUGCGGACACAGACGAGCCGCCAGCCAUGGACACCGAGAACGAAAUCAGCAUCCACUUCUCCCGCAUGAUCCGCAGCAUUGAUCGUGAACACCGGCGUGUGCUGCAUCAGAAGUGUCGUGAGCUAGCCGAGCUGCGCGAACGCCUGAAUGAAGUCGACCAGGUCUACCGCAAGGAGCUGAGGUCGCGCGACUUCAUCAUCGACGAGCUCCGACAUACGAUCAACUUGCUGGAGUUUCAGACGGAGGCGAAGAUAGAGCGGGCCCGGAACGAGGUCGAGGAUAUCUGGGAGCAGCGCUGGAAGGACCAGGAGAAGCUCUUGCUGGAUAUGCAGCGGAGAGUAAGCCAGGCGGACCUCAGCAGGAUCGUGGGACGCAGGAGAGGAGGGAAGGUGACUUCUACUGCUCAUGGUGAGGAGGAGUAUCAUUAG